AUGGAUGAUCGUGCCAACACGUGUGCUGACAUCACCGAACACAACUGUCAAUCCUGCGAACGUCCGGAUGCGGCGGGAAAAGAAAUGGUUCAAUGCUGUCUAUGCCUGUUGUGGGAACACUUUGGCUGCGCAGGGGUUGAUGAUAUGAUUAAAGAACCUGGUGUCAAAUAUGUUUGCACUACUUGCAGCAGCAAACAGAAAACGUCCGCCUCUACGUUCACCAAAGAGCUACUUAAACCUUCCACCCGCUCUGACCGAUUAACUCGGGCUGGAUCCCAACGCAGCAAGCAACUCUCGAUUGCUAAAGGGAGCGCCAUUUCCAGCAAUCGAGCCGCUCUGGAGGAACAACUGAAGAUGGUAGAGCAAGAACAGCUUCUGCGGGAACAAGAACUGGAGGAAAAGAAGGAACUUAAGCGACUCGAACUAGCAGAAGCCGAGCGCCAGCUGAACGAGAAAAGACUGCUGCUAGAGGAAGAGAAGAAAAUUCGUGAACGGAAGCUGGCGGAUGAAUUGGCCAUGAAAAUGCUGCAACAAAAAUUAAGGAGAGAGUCGCUAGAAAAGCGGAAUGAAAUUGUGCGGCAGCUAGCCCAAUCCAGCAGCAGAGGCGGAUCACUUCCGGAUCUAAACGAACGGGUGAAGUGCUGGCUAGCUAAUCAGGAUAAGGCAAAUGAAACAGAAGGAAACCCGGCCAAUACCAGUGAACAUCUCUACAGCAAAAUUCCUUCCGUAGUCCUUUCGAAGCGUGAUGUUUCUCCGGAUCCUGCUCCAUCAUCGUUGAUCCCAGAAUUACCAACGCCGGAUCCCCAACCGAGACCUGUUCCAAAGCCACUACCAAUACUUUCAUCUCUACCACCCACUCCACCUCGUGCAGACACCCAUACGCCAGACAACUACUCAAACGUUCCACCAGAUAGUUUAUGUCCAGCACACUCACUGUGUGAAAAGGAUUGGGCGAUGCCACCGCCUCAGCUUCUCCCCGCGAAUGGGCGCCAAGGACAAGGUGGCGUCCUCUCUCACCAACAAAUCGCUGCGCGCCAGGUUUUAGGAAAGGAAUUACCCAUCUUCAAUGGGAAUCCGGAAGACUGGCCAAUUUUCGUCAGCAGCUACGAACAGUCGACGACGGCCUGUGGCUAUUCGGAUGCUGAGAACCUCAUCCGCCUACAACGAUGCUUGAGAGGCAAUGCCUUGGAGGCGGUGAAAAGUCGGCUGCUUCUGCCAUCGAGUGUACAGCACGUCAUCGAGACCCUGCGUAUACUGUACGGCAGGCCAGAACUCUUGAUUCGAACUCUCCUGAACAGGAUUCACCAAGUUCCGGCACCGAGGCACGAUCGACUGGAGACACUGAUGCAGUUUGGACUGGCGGUGCAAAACCUAGUGGAUCAUUUAAAAGCAGCCGGUCAACAUAACCACUUAGCAAAUCCAAUGCUGAUGCAGGAGCUAGUGGAGAAACUUCCUGGAUCGAUGCGUCUGAGCUGGGCUGAAUUUAAGAGAAGGCACGAAUUAGCGAAUUUAGGAACCUUUGGCGAGUUCAUGUCAGGACUCCUGACCGCUGCCAGCGAGGUGACCUAUGAUCUUCCGGGAUUUGUGAACACUGUUCGAACCGACAAGCGAAAACCGAAGGAUGCUAGCAUCAUCAACGCCCACACACAGUUACCGGAGUAUCCAAUCACACCGAGCGGCAGAACAAAUACCCGCCAAGCAGUUAAAUCUUGUUUCGCAUGUGGGCGUGAUGGUCAUCGUGUACCCGAGUGCGAUCAAUUCAAAGCAGCUAGCGUAGACGAAAGGUGGAAAUUGAUCCAGCAGAAGGGCCUAUGCAGGACAUGCCUGAACAGUCACGGGAAAUGGCCAUGUCGAUCGUGGAAUGGAUGUGGCAUUGAAGGGUGUCGACAAAAACACCACACUCUUCUCCACUCCUCUUCCCCUACCAACCGCAACGUUAGUGUUUCUGCUAGUCACGUUUCCUCGGGAGAAUUCAAUUGGCCAUUGUUUCGGGUAUUACCGGUAGUCGUGUACGGAAAAAGGUGCUCUCGAAUUAUUUUCGCUUUCAUCGAUGAGGGUUCCUCUUAUACCCUUCUGGAACAGUCGGUCGCACAGAUGCUCAACGUAUCCGGUCAGAAAGAACCGCUCACCUUGCAGUGGACAGGAAAUGUGACUCGAGUUGAGUCCGAAUCACAACAUGUGCAACUGGAUAUCUCUUGUCAUAGCGGGAAUCCUCGAUUCCGCUUGAACAAUGCUCGUACAGUGCGUCAUCUGUUACUCCCCUCUCAAACCCUCAAAUACCACGAUCUAGCAACCCGCUUUUCGCACCUGCGGGGCCUACCAUUGGAAGAUUAUGAGUUGGUUCAGCCACAGCUGCUGAUCGAUUUGGAUAAUCUGCGACUCUGUGUUCCGCUCAAGCUUCGAGAAGGAGGGCCGCGAGAUCCAAUCGCCGCGAAAUGCCGACUAGGCUGGAGCAUCUACGGAUGUAUCCCUGGGCGUUCAACCUCAACAGCAGUCGUCAACUUCCACGUUGGAGCGGUAUCUGAUUCGGACCGCGAGAUGAACGAGCAGCUUCGCGACUACUUCGCGCUGGAGAAUUCUGGUGUUACCAUCCCGAAAGCAACACUAGAACCUGAAGAUGAAAAGCGAGCUAAGCGGAUCCUGCAGGAGACAACUCGGCGCACAGAAGGUGGAACAGGUUUCGAAGCUGGUCUCUUGUGGAACACCGAUAACCCAAACUUUCCCGAUAGCUACCCAAUGGCAGUUCGCCGUAUGAUGUCGUUGGAGCGAAGAUUUGAACGAGAACCUUUACUAUGCGAGAAGGUUCGGGAGCAGAUAGCGGAGUACGAGCGGAAGGGCUAUGCACACAGAGCAAAUCUUGCCGAGUUGACCUCCGUGGAUGCGAAUAGGACGUGGUACCUUCCCCUUGGCGUUGUGACCAAUCCGAAGAAACCCGACAAGUUCAGGUUGAUCUGGGAUGCAGCGGCGAAAGUAGGUGGAGUAUCCUUCAACUCGAAACUGCAUAAAGGCCCUGAUUUACUGACUCCUCUCCCGCAAGUGUUGUGCCAAUUUCGACAAUUUCCUGUUGCUGUGUGUGGAGACAUAAUGGAAAUGUUCCACCAAAUCAAAAUUCGUUUUCCCGACUGCCAAUCCCAACGCUUCCUAUUUCGAGACUGCCCAACAGACUGUCCACGCGUCUACAUUAUGGACGUAGCCACAUUCGGAGCGACUAGCUCGCCUGCCACGGCCCAGUUCGUGAAGAACUAUAAUGCUCAGGAGUUCUCCCGAGAAUUUCCACGCGCUUCAGCCGCUAUCCUCCACAAACACUAUGUGGACGAUUACCUGGACAGCUUCAGAACGAUUGAAGAGGCUAUCGAAGUGGUCAACGAGGUUAAGCUGGUGCAUUCCAGGGGCGGUUUCACAUUACGUCACUUCUUGUCGAACGAGGUGGAUGUCCUGCGAGGGAUCGGCGAGCUAGCUGAGGAUAUAGUUAAAAAUCUGAGCUUGGAGAGAGGGGAAAACUCCGAGUCGGUACUGGGAAUGAAGUGGCUGCCGAAAGACGACGUAUUUGUAUACACCUUUGCCAUGCGAAGAGACCUCCAGCAAAUUCUGGACGACGAACACAUUCCUACCAAACGAGAAGUCCUCAAGAUCGUUAUGAGUUUGUUCGACCCUCUUGGUUUCAUCGCGUUCUUUCUCGUCCACGGAAAAAUUCUGAUGCAGGACAUCUGGACUAGAGGAACAGGAUGGGAUGAACAGAUUUCACAGGAUAUCUACGUGCGAUGGCGACAAUGGACGAAACUGUUCCCGGAACUGGACGAACUACGAAUCCAGCGCUGCUACUUUCAGUCGCCUUUCCCGAAAACUUUCGAUGGCCUUGAACUGCACGUUUUCGUAGAUGCCAGCGAAGUGGCGUAUUCAUGUGUUGCGUACUUUCGUUUAGAAGCAGAGGAGAAAGUGCAAGUGGCAUUCGUCGGCGCCAAAACCAAGGUUGCUCCGCUGAAAACACAGUCGAUCCCAAAACUCGAACUGAUGGCGGCUUCACUCGGAACCCGACUGCUGAACAUGGUGAAAAGCCAUCACUCGCUCCCGAUUACCCAGCAGUUUAUGUGGACUGAUUCGACAGUGAGCCUCGCAUGGAUUAAAUCAAAAGAUCAUCGUCGGUAUCAACAAUUUGUUGCAGUUCGUGUGGGUGAAAUACUAAUGUCGACCGAACCGAGGGAAUGGAGACACGUCUCGUCGAAACUUGUAACCCGUCAGGAUAUCCUGCAGAAGCUUAUGGCUCAGUGGCCUAAAGAACAGUCAGUUCCAGAAACUUACGAAGAACUUCGCCCGGUUCAUGUCAAUCUGGGUCAUUUCGCUCCGAACAUGAAUGUCUCUCGCUUUAGCUCAUGGACCAGAUUGCAUCGUGCCACUGCUUAUAUUCUCCGUUACCUCGACAACCUACUUCGGAAGAGCAAGGGUCGACAUCUGGAACUCGGUAUACUUACCCAGGAUGAACUACAACGAGCUGAAUACGUUUUGUGGAGGAUGGCGCAACUCGAGGCCUUCCCGCACGAAAUUACUUUACUGACCAAGUCCCAAGGCAUGCCAAAAGACCGUCACCGUGUCGUCGCCAAGUCUAGCUCAAUCUUUAAGACUUGGCCAUUCCUAGAUGACAACAAGAUUUUACGGAUGCGAGGACGAAUCGGUGCAGCACCAUAUGCACCGGACGAAGCUAAGUUUCCCGUUAUCCUCCCCAAACACCACCUAAUCACAUUUCUCAUUGUAGACUGGUAUCAUCGCCGUUUUCGUCACGCCAACCGAGAAACUAUCGUCAACGAGAUUCGUCAACGCUUCGAGAUCGCCAAACUCAGGUCGCUUGUGAAAAAGGUUGCCAAGAACUGCAUCUGGUGCCGCGUAAUGAAAGCGAUCCCAAAACCACCAGCCAUGGCUCCGCUUCCAGAGAUGCGACUGACAGCCUUUGUCCGACCAUUUACUUUCGUUGGUCUGGAUUACUUCGGACCGGUACUAGCUAAGGUGGGCAGAAGCAACGCAAAACGGUGGGUAGCUCUCUUCACCUGCCUGACAAUAAGAGCCGUGCACAUGGAAGUGGUGCAUUCCUUGAGCACAGAGUCCUGCAUAAUGGCAGUACGGCGAUUCGUAUCGCGUAGAGGACCGCCCCGAGAGUUCUGGACGGACAAUGCGACCUGUUUCCAAGGCGCAAGUAGUAAACUUAAGGCGGAGAUUGAAUCCACUACCCGAACUCUGGCACUCACCUUCACCAGUGCAGAAACAGACUGGAAAUUCAUCCCACCGGCCUCCCCACAUAUGGGCGGUGCGUGGGAGAGACUUGUACGCUCGGUAAAAGUAGCGGUUGGUGCAAUCUGGGAAGCACCUCGCAAACCAGACGACGAGACUCUGGAAACCAUUCUAUACGAAGCAGAAGCGAUGAUCAACUCGAGGCCGCUCACGUACAUACCGCUUGAGUCGGCUGACCAAGAAGCAUUGACGCCCAACCACUUUCUUCUGGGCAGUUCAACCGGAAUCAAGAUCCUUCCGACGGAACCUGUGAAUCAUGGCACAACCCUUCGCAGCAGCUGGAAGUUAGCCCAAUACAUUACGAACCAGUUCUGGGUGCGGUGGCUGAAGGAGUAUCUGCCGGUUAUCGCUCGGAGAACUAAAUGGUUCGAGGAGGCAAAAGACCUGGAGAUUGGCGAUCUGGUACUGGUGGCUGGCGAAACGGCGAGGAACCAGUGGAUUCGAGGACGGGUCGAGGAUGUGUUCCCGGGUCGGGAUGGCCGAGUUCGACAGGCGCUGGUACGGACAUCAUCGGGGACCCUGCGAAGACCAGCCACAAGACUGGCUGUAUUGGACGUCGUAGAGUGUUGUGAACCUGACUUACAAGUGAAAGUUGCUUCGGAAUAUCAGCUUGGUUCACGGGUGGGGGAAUGUUACGACGAGGUCCCCCGUUCGACAUGCUUUACUCGACGCGGCGACUCAUCGAUCGUCCACAGCGGUGCGGCAACUGUCAACCAGUCGCAGAGUCAAGAUUAACUGUCGUCCAAACGUCAUCGGCUGGCAGCAGGCCUUUUUCUUUUCGGAUCCAACAGUUUAAGUGAACAGACCGUAAAAUUAAGAUUUAUUCAUUCUCGUAUUUAUAAAUAUUAUAUUAUUUCUGCAUUACGCAGUUACACAGAUCACCUAGAUACUUACUACGUGUGAUCAAGGUGACGUACACCGGCCGACCCACUUCCACAUGGUCGUUUGUGCACCAAAAUUUGUAAGUAGGAUACAUAGAGAUUAUAUGAAUCACACUAAAAUAAAGAAAAUUUACAGCUUGAAGCUUACAACGAUUAAAUAGUGUUGCUAUCUUGGAUUUGGUCAGUCACAGCGAUA